AUGUCUGGACGUCAGGGCGGAAAGGCCAAGCCUCUCAAGGCACCAAAGAAGGCCAACAAGGAGCUCGACGAGGAUGACCUCGCCUUCCUCAAGAAGAAGAAGGAGGACGAGGCCGCACGCAAGGCCGCCGCCGCCAAGCUGACCGCCGGCAAGAAGAAGUAA